CAGGCCAAGCGCACAGCGGGGAGCGUCAUGACCUCUCCAGAGGGGGGCGCUGCCCCCCGCCCUGCCCAGCCCCUCAUGGACCUGGAUUUCCACUCGGGGGCCCGGAUCGCCGAACUCAAUCAGCUGGUGCAGGAGCUGAGCAAGCGGAUGGCGCGGGACCCAGGCAUCCGGGCCACCCAGGAGCUGGUGGUUCUCAAGGACUUUGUCUUCUCCCUGCUGGGUCUGGUGCAGCAGCUGGAUGGGAGGCUCCCGUUGGCCAAUGAAUAUCUCCUCCUCUCCGGCGGGGCCCGCCAGGGCUCGGUGGACGUGGACCCAGGCGUCCUGGACCACUUGGCCCCGGGGGCCGACUACGACGCUGACUACACGCUCCUGGUGCCCGUCCUCCAAGCCCACGGCUGCCCUGUCACCCUGGACCUGCGCCGAUGCCCACCGGGCCACGCCUGGCUGGCGCUAGCCCCCUUCGGGCCCGAGGCCUGCCACCGCUGGGCUGACUGCUGCCAUCGCCAUGGCAGCCAGGCCUACCUGGCCCCGGGCCUGGUCUCGGCCUGGAUGCGACAGCCCGAAUGCCACCCCGCCCCCCACCGAGCUGGGACUGCCCCCCCCCCAGUCUACAGCCCCCCCGACCCCUUGCGCUGNCCCCUUGCGCUGCGCUGCCAGUUCCGCCAGGAGGCUAAAAAUACCACUGCAAAAUGCAACCUUGAGCGCCCGUCCUAG